GUCUCCUCAAAGAUCCUGGCUCAGACGCUUGGGUGAAGGUUUUAAGUUCCUCGGACUGUAAAUAUUCUUUUGAGCCUCAGGCAAUUCCCUGCAGCGUAACCUGGAGGAGAAACAUGCCGAACACUCUGCCCAUUCCAGAUGGCUUCAUGGUGAAGACUGGAGAGGAGAACGAGGUGUUGGUGUUGUUAGAGCCAGAAGAUUUUCUUAAGCGCAUCUUCUCCCUAACCCAGAGUUUUGUCAAUGACCCGUCAGCGAGUCAGCCCGACCUGAGCCAAGUGUUGCCUUUGGCCAAUCUGGAGGGCUCUUCCACCAAAGCCUACAGCCUGGCUGUUGUUGGACUGGAUGCCUACAGGCAUAACCAGGAGCAGAGCAAGAAGCAGGCGCUGAGCCAUGGAAUGCAGAGUCCUAGCUCCCAGCCUGGCUCAGAGCUGGCUUUGACUCAGGAAGAGAUACUGGAGGCGCUGGCAGUACUGCAGCUGUGGGGUAACAUCGAUGUGCAGUUCCUAGACACGUGGCAGGAUUUCGGUGAGCAUGUCUUUGCGCUGACAAAGGCAAUAGCAAAACGCCCAUACAGGUGA